CAUUUCUCUCUCUCUCUCUCUCUCCUUCCCGUGUUCAUCCUGGGCGGGCGAGAACCCCACCUGCUCCGGCAGCAGCUACAGAACUUAGCGGCAGGUGAAAUGAUCGAACUUGCAGCGUAAUUAUUUCAGUCCAGCUGAAAUUGAAAGUAACUGCUUUCUGAGAUUCUGCAACCGCAUGAAACCCUAGAAAUGAGUGCCGCAGGUGGUGCAUUUGGUGGCAAUAGGGGGCUCCGUCCAGUGCCUCCCGAAAAGGGGAUAUUUCCAUUGGACCACAUGCAUUUGUGUGACCUCGAGAAAAUAGAAUAUCUCAAUUGUCUAAAGACUGCUGGGCACCAGUCUGAAAAAUGCAGGCAAUUCUCAAAAAAAUACCUGCAGUGUCGCAUGGAGAAGAACUUGAUGGCAAAGCAAGACCUCGGUGAACUUGGUUUUAAGGAAAGUAAUGUAGAAACUCCUGGAGGGAACAUUACUGACAGGGUUGAUAAUCAAGAACAAUGAACCCCAAGAUUAAGAAUGCAUAUUGAUUUUGAGGUUGAGUUUUGGUGAUGCCAUUUUUUCCGUUGUCUUUCAAUUCAUUUGAUUAGUAAUGUACCAGCACUGUGAACAAAAGAUGAUGGACAAUUUGCCCUAUUCCCUCUAUUAGACAUGCAGUUAAAAUUAGGUUUAAUUAUAUAAAUGGUCAAUUAGUCAUAA